AUGAGUAAUUCCGAUUUUGGAUUUUUCGUUCGAGCACGCUGCCUCUUCUCGAAUGAUCUCGACUCGUUACAGGUUCAGGUGAGUCUCGAUGCUGAGUAACGGCCACGAGGUUUGGAAAUUGAUGCCCGUCGAAAUAAAGGACGGAAGAUAAAAGAACAGACUCGUAGUAGAGUCGGACAGGUGCAGGAGAAAAUUCGGAUAGGUUUAGGCUAUCGGUUACAAAGCUCGACCCUUUUAGAAGCCUGAGCCGCAUCAGGACGGCAUUGUUGAGGAAAAUUUACGAAUGCCAAGCGUGCGGGUGGUGCGAGAGCGUGAACGAGCGUAACGAGUGGUCCUCGGCGGAGGAUGAGCCUGAUUUAUGCGAGACCACACUUCCACACUGGUUACAUGGUAAGGAAGGGCCAUGGCACUGUCCUGGUCCGGGACACGGUUUUUUAAAUAGCCCCUGACACUAAAACUCCAAUUGUCCGGGCUUUAGGACUAAGGCUUUUUUAAGGUUAGGUAGGUCGUUCGACGUGGGCAGCCAGUCUACCUCCUGUACACGUACACACAUGCAUACAUAUAGUUGUCGAAACUGGAAAAUGAGCGUGUGCACGCACGAAAAAUUGCCCCUAUCAUCGGUUGCAGCUAUGAAACGCGAUACAAUCUAUCGAGACGGUCUUUUGCCAGAGCGUGCA